CGGAACCGGAAGUAGUUAAAUACUUAAGUACAAGUUGUAUUUCAGAACUACACGUGUUUAAUAGUAAACAGUACUUGAGUAGCCUAUGCGUAGGCCAUGACUAACUUUGGUUGUUCAACAUAGCCUACCUCAAACACUUUGGAUGGACGACGGAGCUCUGACUGUGUCUGUUCAGUUCGGAAAACACAAACACAACAGCUCCAUCUCGUGGAAAGCGACUCCUUGUCCGGCGCUUUGUUUCACUGCUUUGUGUCCAGCGCUCCGAGUCGGUAUCUGUAUAUCUGCAUCAAGUCAGCCAUAGGACGCCAGAGUUGACGGGCGGUCGGCAGCUGCAGGAGAUCGUUCAUCCUCCCUCCAAAACAACAACAGAGACGUUGAUGAAGUAUGGAUGUGGUUCUCGAUGGAUUGUUUCGCUACAACAGCAGCUAUGACUACGACGACUAUGAGUAUAAAGAUGAGUUUGAGUCAGGACACAACAAAGCACUAUGGAUGACAGUUUUGUUCUCAGUGGAGCUGGUUAUCGGUCUGCUGGGGAAUGGACUACUCCUGGCCUCUGUGGUUCAGAAGAGGCGAUUCUGGAGUACAUCAGGCACCUUCGUCCUCCACCUGAGUGUUGCAGACCUCCUGCUGCUGGUGACGCUGCCCUUCUGGGCCGCACAGGCCGCUCAACGUUGUGAAUGGUGCUUUCGAGGUUUCCUCUGCAAGAUUGCUGGAGGCAUUUUUAACGUCAACUUCUACUGUGGAAUCCUUCUGUUCGUUUGCCUCAGUGUGGAUCGCUACCUGUCCGUCGUCCAUGCCACCCACCUGUACUCACAGAGGAGGCCCAGGUUGGCUCAUAUCAGCUGCUUGGUGGUCUGGAUCAUUUCUCUGAUCCUCGCAAUCCCUGGAUGGGCUUCUGUGGAAGUCUCAGCACCAGAGAAAACCCUGUGUGUUUACAAAUUCACUCAUUCACAUGGUUCACAGAAACACAUGGUGUCACGUCUUGUCCACCUCACACUGGGCUUCCUGCUGCCCGGGGCCAUCCUGAUCAUCUGCUGGUCCUGCAUCCUGCUACGGCUGCAGCGCAACGCCAAAGGUCUCCAGAAGCAGAGGUCCAUCAUGGUCAUCCUGUCCCUGCUAGUGGUCUUCUUCCUCUGCUGGAUGCCAUACAACGUAACGCUUCUUGUGGACACCAUCAGAAGAAGGUCUGCGGAAUCUAAUGAUAGUUCGUCUGGAAAUCCUGAAGGUUCCCCGAAAACAGCUCUGAUGGUCACAUUUGCUUUGGGUUGCAUUCAUGCCUGCCUCAGGCCUCUGCUCUAUUUUUGCCUGUGUGCAAACUUCAGGAAACAGACUCUGGCCAUGCUGAGUUGUGCUACAGCUGAAUCUGAGGGCUCGCUGUGGGAGUUGGAUGUGGGUGAGAAAGCCAUGCCUGGCCAAAGCGAUGAGGGGGCAGAACUGAAGCAGAUGACAAGUGUUGAUCAUCAGAUGCAGUCAUCGCAGUGCUGAGGACUUGAGUAAUACUCCACCUCUGAGGGGAAUUUAGUGUCAAGUCAUGUCAUGGGUUUAAGUACUAUUUUCUGUCCAAUGAUGAGAAGUAGAUCUCUAUAAAUGAAUUACUUCCUUACACUGCACUUUAAUGUGAAGGAUUCACAGCUACAUUAUGGUGACAUAUAAGCUUUGUGGUGUUUUUAUUUUUCAAUCAGUCACUGUUGCACAACUUUCACUUCUCACCCUAAACCAUGAGGGUUUUUUUUACCCAAAUGUAGAUAUAUCUAUUUUUUUAUUACGUAUUAAUAUUAUUACUGAAUAUUUUAUAUGUAGUGAAAAAUACUGUUGUGUCAGUGAACAGUUGUGAACAGUCCUGCAGUUGUACAAUAAUCACAAAGCUCAUGUCAUAAUGUUUGAAAGUGGGGGAAAUAUAAGUUGUUAUCCUUCCCAGUUUUCUGCUUCCAUUAAACAAUCCGACAGAGUUUAUAACUUAAUGGCUGAUAACAUAUCAGAAACUCUUUCACUUUUCAUUUUACAUGUUAUCUCCAGGCAGUAAAGAUUCUGUGAAUUCCACAAGUGCGCAAUGACUAUGUGGACAUCUGUGUAUGACCACAGGGGUGGUAUUCCCGUGUAAAUCUCACAGCCUUUUGUCUUCUUUACUUUGCAUUUGAGAUAUGGCUGUGUGGACUGUAGGACGCAGGAUGUCACAAACAGGUGGUGAUGUCAUCAGUCAGGUGACAGAGAGCGAGAUGGUGGAGGAGGGGCAGGGAUAAAAGCUCUCUGUUGUCUCUGCGGCCUUUUCAUAGCUCUGUGUUUACUCUCAUCUAAAGACUUGGCUGGUUGUUUGGUGGGGAGAGAACAGUGGCGGGCUUUGUAUGCCGGAACAAGA